CUCCAGGUGCGCACGGAGCCGCGGCGCGCGCUCUGGCACACUCGUCUCCACCGUGCGUAAAGUUGGUGCCAUGUCCUUCUCUCGCACUUUUUAGUCCAGUUUAAGGCUGAAAAUCAUGGAGCCUCCGGACUUUGAGGCGCUGAACCUGAGCGCGCAGCCCACCCCGUUCACGUUCCCGGUGUGUGAGGGCUGGAGAGCCGGCUCCGAGGGCUCCGUGUUCCAGCUGGCGAACAUGUUUGUGUUCUUGGGCUUGAUGGGCGGCAGCGGGCUGUACGGGCUGCUCUAUCUGUUCACGUUUCUCACGCUGGGCUUUUUCUGCUCCACUCUUUGGUCGUGGUCGGACCCGUGCACCACCGACACGUUUCUUUGGACCUUGGCGCUCUUUGGGACGUGUUUGGGGCAAGUGCUGCAUGUGUCCUACCGGUUACGCAGCGUCACGUUUGACAAAGACUUUGAGGAUCUGUAUAACUGCGUGUUUAAGAGGCUCGGGGUGUCGCUGGCGCAGUACGGGAAGAUCGUGGCGUGCAGCGAGCGGCACGUGCACACGCUGGAGCGGGACCACUGCUUCGCCAUGGAAGGAAAAACGGCCAUAGACAAACUGUCCGUGCUGCUGGCGGGAAGGAUCCGAGUCACAGUGAAUGGGGAGUUCCUUCAUUAUAUUUAUCCGUUCCAGUUCUUGGACUCUCCAGAGUGGGACUCUCUGCGGCCGUCUGAGGAGGGCAUUUUUCAGGUGACGCUGCGCGCUGACAACCGCUGCCGUUACGUAUCGUGGCGGAGGAAGAAGCUGUACCUGCUUUUUGCCAAACACCGGUAUCUCGCCAAAAUCUUCGCCCUGGUGGUGAGGAAUGAUAUUGCAGACAAACUGUACUCUUUGAAUGACAAAGCCUUCGACAGCGCCGGACACCGCUACGAUCUGCGCCUGCCCAGCUUCUGCCACCCGCCCCACCUGUCACCCAAGGACAACCGGGGACAACCGCACCUGUCGCCCAAAGACAACCAGGGAGAACUGCACCUGUUACCCGAGAACAACCGGGGACAACCGCACCUGUCGCCCAAGGACAACCGGAGACAACCGCAGCCGUUGCCAGAGGACAACCGGAGACAACCGCAGCCGUUGCCAGAGGACAACCGGAGACAACCGCAGCCGUUGCCAGAGGACAACCGGAGACAACCGCAGCCGUUGCCAGAGGACAACCGGGGACAACCGCAGCCAUUGCCAGAGGACAACCGGGGACAACCGCAGCCGUUGCCAGAGGACAACCGGGGACAACCGCACCUGCCAGCUCAAGACAACCAAGGCCAACUGCACCUGUCAGCUGAAGACAACCAGGGAAAACGGCACCUUUCACCCCAAGACAAGCUGGGACAACCGCACCUAACGCCCAAAAACAACCAGGGACAACCACAACAGUCACCUUCAGACAACCAGGGACAACCUGUUGCACCUGCCCGCCGGACACCUGCCCGCCGCACACCUUUCCGCCCCUUACCUGCCCAGACGGAGCAGGAGGGGCUGCUGCAGGUGCCGGGGCGGCGGGGGAGGACCACCUGAUGUAGUUUAAAUGUUGAGCUGUAGAGUAGAAAUGUGGUUAAAGUUGCACUGUGGAACUUUUCUGGUAGAAGGUCUGUAACCUGCUUGUUUCCAUAACAAUGUUAUUGUUUUUCAUAGGACUGUCCCAAACACAGGGGGGUAAUACUCCGUUACUUGAGUCACUUUCUAGUAAAACUGUGCUGUAGUUUUAGGCCUCACAGUGAGAAGGUUUUGGGUUCAAGUCCCAGGCCUGUCUGUGCAGAGUUUCUUAUGUAACAUAGUGAACUGUGAAGUGAAGGAACCGCGAGCUCUGACGUGAUCAAAACGAGGAAGGUGAAGGUGAAUAAAUGAGCACUUUGGAACCACCACCUGAUGAUGUCAUGAGGUGGAGGUGAGUGUUUUGUGCAAAUAAAGCACAUCUGCUCAUGUUUAUGUGAAUAAAAAUAAAUCUGUGUUGUGUGG